CUCUCAAACUAUAUAUUUUGGCAAAUAUUAUGUUUUCAUAAUUAAUUCCUCUUUCAUUAUUGAAAACUGAAACAAAAAUUGUUAAAAUUUUGUUUAGAUGGUUACUAAAAAGAUUUCAAUUAUUUGAUUAAACACAAGGCAUUUUGGAGUAUAAGAUGUUGGGAAACUUCAUUACUAGCGUUUUAAUAUUGGUUCUUGGAUAUGCAUAUCCUGCUUUUGAAUGUUUUAAAACAAUUGAGAAGAACAAAGUGGAGAUUCAUGAACUUAGAUUUUGGUGCCAAUAUUGGAUCAUUGUUGGGGCUCUGAGAAUCUUUGAAAGCUUUGGUGAUUUGUUUUUGUCAUGGUUACCAAUGUAUGGUGAGGCAAAAUUAGCACUUUUCAUCUACUUAUGGUAUCCAAAAAUAAAAGGCACAUCACAUAUCUAUGAUACAAUAUUGAAGCCAUUUGUUGCAAAGUAUGAAACAGAUAUUGACAGGAGUUUAAUGGAAUUUAGAGCCAAGGCAUGGGACUUAGCCAUUUAUUACUGGCAAAAUUGUACAGAAAUAGGUCAAGCAAAGUUCUUGCAAAUGCUUGAGUAUAUAGCUUCUCAAUCUAAAAGAGGAACAAUACACCCUAAAUCCGAGAAACAAGAUGAGACAACACAUCGAUCAUCUUCACCGACGAUUGAUCACAAAGAUUUUUAUGGUGCAAGGGCAAAAUUAAGACGUUCCAACAAAGGGGACUAGUUAGCCAAAUAGUGGCACAACAACGUAAACGUUUUUUUAUUUUUUUUUGUAUAUUUUGUAAAAACAAAUGUGAGCAAACUAAUUUUUUUAA